GCCCCCCGGCCCCCCCCCGGCCCCCCGGCCCCCGCCGGCACGAUGCUGCCCUCUCAGGAGGCCUCGAAGCUGUACCACGAGCACUACAUGCGGAACUCGCGGGCCAUCGGAGUGCUCUGGGCCAUCUUCACCAUCUGCUUCGCCAUCAUCAACGUGGUGGUCUUCAUCCAGCCCUACUGGGUGGGCGACAGCGUGAGCACUCCGAAACCGGGCUACUUCGGCCUCUUCCACUAUUGCGUGGGCAGUGGGCUGGCGGGCCGGGAGCUCACUUGCCGCGGCUCCUUCACCGACUUCAGCACCAUCCCGUCCGGGGCCUUCCAGGCGGCCGCCUUCUUUGUGCUGCUUUCCAUGGUGCUGAUCCUCGGCUGCAUCACCUGCUUCGCCCUCUUCUUCUUCUGCAACACAGCCACCGUCUACAAGAUUUGCGCGUGGAUGCAGCUGCUGGCAGCUCUCUGUCUGGUGCUGGGCUGCAUGAUCUUCCCCGACGGCUGGGACACCGAGAUGGUCAAGGAGAUGUGUGGGGAGAAGACGGGGAAGUAUUCUCUGGGCGACUGCUCUGUGCGCUGGGCCUACAUCCUAGCCAUCAUCGGCAUCCUCAACGCCCUCAUCCUCUCCUUCCUGGCUUUUGUGCUUGGCAACCGGCAGAAUGACCUGCUGCACGACGACCUCAAGACAGAGAGCAAAGAGAAUAUAACCGAGACGCUGCAGUUGGGUCCUGCCCUUGCCCACGGCACCGGACUGGACUCUUUCCUGCCUUUUUCUGCCAACACCGGUUCCGUGAUGCCCACCGCAAAGCCUCAGACUCCUUCAACCUCACGGGGAUUUUGCCCACCUCGCUCUGAUGGCCCCUCACCCCGCUCUCCAAUCUGAUCUAGAUGACGCUGGACCCCAGGAGGGAGGGAGCACCACGCCCGGCCCCUGGCACUGCUGAUGCAACAGGAGCCGAUAAACUGCAGUUUGCUUUAAGGGGUAAAAAGACCAUUACAGAUUUCUCCAUUUUGGAGACGCUCCAGAAUGGCCCCGGCCCCUUUGGACCCUGCUCCCCGGGAAAGCCCAGGAGGUUUCUGAUUCUCUCUCUGCUCUCGUCCCACAUCUUCUUGGGCUGAGCCAGAGUGCCCGGACCCCAUUUGGGUCACCCCACGGACUGGGCCGGUGCCUGUCCCGCUCAACCCCCACGGGGGCCGCUCCACAGACUGGGCCAGACCUGGUCCCUUUCUGCUUCCUUUCCAGGGUCCCUCCUUCCCCCCCUCCCUUCCUCUUUCCCCUCCUCCCUUCCCUCCCCCUCUUACCUUCCUCCCUUUUUCCUACACUCCCUAGGACAGGGCCAGUUUUGUAGAGCACAGAGUUCUCAGCUCCAUCUCCGGGCAGAGCCCUAUGGACAGAAACUGUCCUGUUUCUUUGAUACUUUUAUGUGUAAUUUGAUUUUGCAGGUCGCCUCUCAACAGGGUACUACUAACACCCCUCCCCCACCCCCUCACCCUACCCCCGCCGGCCCCACUUCUCCUUUCCGCUGAAAUUCACCCAGGAGAUUCACCCGCCAUCGUUUCAUGCUUUUAUAUUCAUGGUUCUGAGAAGCUGAGGGGGCCGAGGGCAUGGCAGACGAGCCCCCUCUCCUUAUGGAGAACUCGAAGGGAGGCAAGGGGCCCGUGGCAGGUGGCUUGGGAUGUAUCUCCACACUGAGGGAAAAUCCAAGUCAGGACUCCAGGCUUGGAGGUCCUGAGUGGCAAGCCACCUUACAGGAGUGGAGGAGACAGAAAGAAGGGACGGGAAGGGAGGGAGAGAAACUUCCCUUUAGUUUCUUUGCCUGAUUCUCCUGGAUCAUCUUCUUCUGCUCAAGCAGGCUGAGGUAGGGUGGAGGAGAGGAAGAGGUGCCAGGCAGGUGUGGCUGCUAGGGACAGGGCUCUCUCUUUGCACCCAGUUGUUGAUGACCUGGUUCAGGGUUUUCUGGGAAUGGUCCUGUGGUGCCCAGCUUGGGGGUCGUGGGAGCUACGCUGAGGAAUAUCCCCUUGUUCCCUUUCCUCUCCUUCCCCCGAGAAACAUACCCCAUUCCAUUUCAAAUUGAAAUUGACUUUGGAUCUGACCAGCCGAAGUUACUAGAAUACCCUCCCCCCCCACCUCCUCCUUCUCCUCCUCAAGACAUUGACAUAGCUCCUGUGCCCCUCCCCCCACCCCCACCCUGCACCCAUCCUCCGCCAACCUCAAGCCCCUUGUUCUCUUCCUGGAGCUGGCCGGGAUGGGGGUGAAAGCAUGUCCUGGGCGUGGGGGUUGCACGGUCAGGUUACUUGGUAGAGUGAAUGGCUCAAAGAUCCUGGCCCUCUGGAGGCGGCUAGGGUCCAGAGAGCAGCAUCUCCCCUCUUCUCCCUCCAUGAAUGGGAGAAUUUCCCUCUUCAUGCUACCAGUCCCUUCUGUGGCCCAGCACUGUGCUCCCUCCCCACUUUCCCCAGAUACCCCUGCUGGAAGCAAUCCCCACCUAGCAACACUGUGUCCCAAUCAGAGGGAGGGUAGGCAGACCAAUCCCAGACCCACUGCCACUAGAGGGGAAUUGACAAGUAGGACAUGGGGCAGGGCUGGUCCCAGGGUAGCUGGGUUAGGGGAAUGAACUGGGAGAGAAACCCAAAGCGCACUGUUGAGUUAGAAAGUCCACGUGGAGGAGAGGAAGACACAGACAGAGAGGGGUGAAGGAAGAGGGACAUCCACCAGAAAGAUAUCUCCUCACACCCAGAGUGAAGAAACAGAGAAAGUGAGGCAGAGAGAGGAAUACAGAAAGGCACAAAGAGAGUGAGAGGGAAAAUAGGAAAAAA